AAAGUGUGUGCUUGCUCUUUUGUGAAAGGCUAGGCAGGACACAAAUAAACUUUCCUCACUCUUGAGGGGGUGUGAACCCGGCACUAAAACACGCCUCUUCAAAAGGUGGGCGUGGUUAGAAGUUUCUGCUUAUAAAGUGAGAUUCCAACAGUGGGGUUGUAACAGAAGCAGAGCUUGACAUCAGUUGUUGAGCAGUUCAACACAUCCUUAACUGCACAUAAAGAAUCACAGCCAGGCAUCUUGAAAAUGCCAUCAAAUUUCCUCACGCCCUUCCUCGAGUUGGAUGAUGAAUUCUGCAAGUGCCCCUACGGAGCUCGGUGUCACUUCAUACACAACGCAGACGAGCAGAACGGGCUUUCGGAGAGCACAAAGAGCAUCCGAGUGCGACCGCAGCUCCGCCAGAGCGUCAGCUUCAGCGGCUUCUCCUCGCAACCACAAAUCCUCGGCGGUUUCCACGCCGUUCCAGACGCCCUGGCCUUCUCCAGAUCUUCAUCCGUGUCUCCGCCGCCGUCCACCGGGAGUCCCGACCUGCUGUCCCCUUUGGGGACUUUGAAGCACAGCCACCCCUUUGUAGAUCUGGGUGCCAGCGGGAGCUUCUACGCCAUCAGCGACUCGGAGAGCGUGCAGAACCUGGCGUAUGCGCUCACGGGCCUGCAGCGAAGCGCCUCAGCGGACUCUCUCUCCGAUCAGGACGGCUACACCAGCUCCAGCAGUCUAAGUGGCUGUGACUCUCCUGGCAUCGACGGCCGACGACUGCCCAUCUUCAGCCGCCUGUCUGUCUCAGACGACUAGAAACCAUUACUUGUGCAUAUUGCAUGCUCGCCCAAGCAGACUCUGCAAAUGUGAUGAACGCAAUGUAUACUGUUGUAUACCAGUCUGAAGCUGCAGUGGGAACUUCACUUUAGGUUUAUGUGUUUCGGGAAUUGCUCUGCGGUGUUUUGUCUGCAGGACCAACCUUCCCAAGCCGCCCAUCUGUAGUUUAACCAAAGCCGAGCAACUUAGAGUAUAUACAUCUAGUGUAACGUCUAACCCGCUCCCUGAACAUACUGUAGCCUUUAGUUAAGGCAUUUUUAAAUGGACUGAGUAGUUUUAACCAUAGUCCUUUCUAAAAA